AUGGCGGCCACCGACUAUUAUCGCGAAUCCUACAUGGCGCAGUCCCAGUCCCAGUCCUCCCAACCUCGAUUCAAUAGACCGCUCUCUCACACAGCGUUCGUGUACAAUUCCGGGCAGAGUCCUCCUACCUUCGAUCAGUCCGGUCUUUCUCACACAUACAAUGCCGAACCGUCAAAUACAGCUUUCUACGAACACAAUAACCCCUCCCAUCAAACCCAAUACUCGGAUCCCAUACCUCUAAAGCACAAUUCAAGAAUCAAUACAACCCCAGAUGAUUAUGACUGGCGCAACCAGCAGACUCAAUAUCCUCCCUCCCCCGAGUCCCCGACCCCACCUCAAUUGAGCCCGAUAUCAGACAAGAAGAAGAAGAAGAAGAAGAAGAGUGGAUGGUUUUCUGGCAAGAUACCUUGGGUCGUAUACACCUUGAGCCUGGUACAGAUCACAGUCUUCAUCGUGGAGAUCAUUAAGAAUUCCAUCAUUACUGGCUCCCCUAUUAUGAUCCAUCCCCAGUUUAAUCCCAUGAUCGGUCCCUCAACCUAUGUUCAGAUUAACAUGGGCGCACGUUUUGUGCCCUGCAUGCGCGUCACGCCCGGUGUUCAAGACAGUGGGGAACCUGUGAAUUGGCCAUGCCCAAACACCACCACCUCGGACGCGGAUGCGGCUAGCAACCAUUGUGAUCUCAAGGCCCUCUGCGGAUUUUCGGGGCUCAACAACGACCAUCCCAACCAAUGGUUCCGAUUCAUUGUGCCCAUGUUCCUACAUGCGGGACUCAUUCAUAUCGCUUUCAACCUUCUUUUACAGCUCACCAUGGGCCGGGAAAUGGAAAAGGCAAUUGGCAGCAUCCGGUUUGCCCUGGUCUAUUUCAGCUCCGGCAUUUUUGGCUUUGUCUUGGGCGGGAAUUUCGCGGCCUCGGCGAUCGCUUCGACCGGGGCAUCGGGCUGUCUGUUCGGCAUUCUGGCCCUGGUUCUCUUGGAUUUGAUCUACGCCUGGAAUGAGCGACCGCAUCCCGUCAAGGAUUUGAUGUGGAUUCUGGUAGAUGUUGUCAUCUCUUUCGUCCUCGGUCUAUUACCGGGACUGGACAAUUUCUCUCACAUUGGAGGGUUCCUCAUGGGCCUUGCCGCUGGCAUCUGUUUGCUGCACUCCCCCAAUAUUCUUCGCCAACGGUCCGGCGAAGUUGGGGCGCCGUACCGAAACGUCGGGUCUGAACUUGACAUCAGCAACCCCAAGAAUCCCAUGUUGGUCACUUCGACGCCUACGAUAGCAACCGCAAACGUGGCCGCAUUCGCCAAACAACCUCUUGGCUUCUUUAAAGGUCGCAAACCACUCUGGUGGGCAUGGUGGCUAUUCCGAGCGGGGGCAUUGAUCGGGGCUCUGGUGGCGUUUGUGCUGCUGCUGAACAACUUCUACAAGUACCACGAUACGUGUUCGUGGUGCAAAUAUCUCAGUUGCCUGCCCAUCAACAACUGGUGCGACAUUGGCAAUUUGCAGUUGAGCAAUGCUACAAGCAGCAACAGUUCAAGUCAAAGCAAACGGGAUUUGUUGGAGAUGGGAGCAGUUUGGAUGGGCGAUUUGUUUGCGGUCGAUGCAAUUAGAUGA